UGGAGUGAGAGAGGGAGAGGGAGAGAGCGAGAAAGAGAUUCUCACACUGGCUGUGUCCUAAUCCGAGUCCAUCUCCAAGAGGCAGCGGAGCAGAGUGUUAGUGAAGUGAGUCUGAGAGCCAAGGAGAGCUACAUCAUCUAGCCCCACACACACACACACACACACACACACACACACGGACACUCACUGUCUCUCUCUCUCCUUCACACACACACUCUUGCUACGGGAGUCCAUGAUGUGUCCGGCAGCGCGGCCACGGCUUUUGUGAAAGUGAGGGGAUUGACGCUGCCCCUGUCCCAGCCCCCUUGGCUCACACACACCGUGUCUGUUUGCUGUGUUUAAGCCUGAGGUGCUGGUGGAGUAGGAGGAGGUGGUGGAGGGGGGGACACUGCCAGGGCAGAGACGGGGCACCGGAGAGGAGGAGGAGAAGAAGAGAGGAAGAAGAGGAGAGAGACAAAGUGGAUCAGAUCAACAGCAGCAGACUGAAAGCUGGAAAUGUCCGUCAGGUCUGAGUCUGUCACAUCCUCGGCCAAUCAGAGCCUUCGUUAACGGCAGCGGCGGCACGUGAUUGGGAGAAGGAUGGCGACCAUGCCGUUCGUCAGCGAAGGGAAGUGUGUGAGCGUGGAGUGGGAUUUUCUACAAGGACUGUUGGCCAAGCCGCCCACCCUGCCCUGCCUGCAGAACCUGCGCAAGGAGAAGUCUCGCAAUGCGGCACGGUCACGGCGGGGGAAGGAGAAUUUCGAGUUCUUUGAGCUGGCCAAGAUGUUACCCCUGCCCGGCGCCAUCACCAGCCAGCUGGACAAAGCCUCGGUCAUCCGGCUGACCAUCAGCUACCUGCACAUGCGCACCUUCGCCAGCCAGGGGGACCCACCCUGGAGUCCUUUAAUGGAGGGUGGCGGCAACUGCAGCAAAG